CAUCAGGCUUUGAGCCUACCUACAACCUUGUUCAUAAGCUAGAUGCUGUAAGAUAAAGAUACUUGAUAAUUUUCAACGAAAGAUGAGCGAGCCAGAGAGCAAGAGUGCUUUAUUGAAAUCCAAAUGUAAAUCAUCCGAUCGGCCGUACUCUGCGGAUAUUUGCAACGAAGAUGAUCAUGAUUGGUGGGCGAGUGACAGCGAUUCCAGCACAGGGUCAUAUUACUCGCAAUCAGACACCGGCAGUUCUGUGGUUGAAUGGGAGUCGGAGAUCGGACCCAACGGAGAAGUAUUUUACAUAGAAUCGGCAGAGGAAAGUCUGCUCGAGAAUCCCACAGCUUCGGAGGAUAAGAGCGAGAGCCCUCAGCCUGAGUUAACGCGUCGCCGCAGCACGAGAGCCGGCAAAUUGUUCCGUCUUAUCAGACGCAAGGAGAGCAAGCGGUGGAGUACGAGAAAUAAAAGGAUCAGCAGUAGCGUCGCGGCAAGUAAUACAGCUGCUCAAGAGAAGGGAGAUGGAAGCAAGGAGGUCAAAUUUCAAGAUUUCCAGGCAGGAGAAAUUCGAGAAGUCACGCUGUGGGUUGAUCCUGAGAGAAGACAUAAGCUUGGAAGAAGGGCAACUUUAUGUGAAGCAUACUUCGGUAUCACCCCGGGUGCGUUCUCGGACGAGGUCAGAGUUAUGGUGGCGGGAUUUAUACCCGACGGUGAAGCUAUGAAGAACAGAAAUAUAAAAAUCGGGGACUGGUUGCGGAGCAUCAAUUCGAAUAAUGUUACUUUCCAGAAUUUGGACCGGAUACUGUCUGAAAUCACCACGCCAUCAAAUGUAACAUUAGAACUGCAAAGAGUGGCUGGUGUUGAUGUUACUGCAAAGUUACCAAAAGCAAAUGAACCAAAACAAUCAAUAUUGGUCCAAUAUCUGCUGAGUAAAGAAACCAGCAGUUCCUUUAUGGAAUCUCUGUUGAAUUAUCCGUUGGGCGUAAUAUAUUUAAAGACUGCAGAUCUUUCGGAAAUGGGACAAGAAUUGCAAGGCGUAUUAUACACGUAUCCGCGAUUCGAAACCAAGAGUGCGCAUUCUUCUCUUUGUACGGCAAGGGGAGCUUUUAUAACUCUUAAUCAUUUAUUACCCAGUAUAGUGGGCUCGGAACCACUCAGUACAACUGUCCAUAUAGGCGAAGAAGAAAUGCAUAUUGCAUACACAUCCCGCGACGAUGAAUUACUUUUGAUAGCUUUACCUGGCAAAUGCUGUUCCCCUCAGGAGAUUGUCAAGAUUACAGAGGACAUAGUCAGAACAUUAGAAUUUACCUACCAAUCGCUGACGAAGUGCUUUACUUCUGUGGAGAACCAGUCUUCCUUAGAUCAUUUUUUCAUGCUAAUUAUGCGUAGAUUAAUGAAUAUCAAAGAUUCCUGCAAAGAUGCUGACGUUAAAACGAAUUCAGCGAAUCCACAAAAUGAAAGUGCUGAAAGUUUGGAGAAUUAUAAGUUCAGAAGCGCCUUUUCGGUCGCAAGUUCUAUACAAUUACCGAGAGACGCGCAAAUUCAAAUAGACGCUGCAUUAAGCGAGAUGGAAGCUAUGGAUUACAGAGAUUGGAACGAAGAUCCUAUGGAUUGUCAAAGACUGUACACUAUAUUAGGAAGUUGCAUUUACCACAAAUGUCACCUUUUGGGAUCUCAUUUGCCUCACGACGAUCUGAUCGACGUACAUUCGUUUCUGCGACACAACGGUCUGUUAAAUCUUGUGAGCCAGGAACAAGUAAAAUGCUUAGUUCUGUGGAAACAAAUUUAUCCUUCGUCUUGCAAUCGCGGGAAUGUUGACGGCAAUGACGGCGACCAGUUAUUGAUACCCAAUGGAAAAUGGUUUUUAUUGGUUAUCGGGUAUGGACACGAUUUAUUAGCGGUGCUGUUGGAAUCCGGCGGAUGCACUGCCAAGUACAACGAUGCGAUAGGCCCGGAUGUGUUUUACGUCGAAGAGGCUCAAGAAACGCUGAAACAUAUACAAAAGAUAGGAGUUACAGUCUUGGCCUCGAAAUGGAUUACAUCCAAUACCAGACCUGAGGUAAUACCAUUUGAGGAACAUACAACGACGAAGGCGUCGUCCAGCAUCACGGAAAAUCUGUUCGGAUUGAUAAAAUCGUCCGACGCGCAAACUGUAUCGUCUAAGCAGAAUGUCAGUUCUAUCAGUAAAAAGCCGCAAGAAUUACCUUCUAUCUUGAAGAAACGUUCCGAAGAAAAUCCCGUUAUCUCGGGUUCUGUAUAUUCUCUACAAACGUCCGAAGAUUCACUCAGCCAAGGAACAGGUGGUGUUAGUGAAAUGAGCGACGAGGCAAUGCCUAUACUUGGAAGACGAGCAAUCCGGGAGAAGAUCAAUUCGACAUUGAGAUAUUCUGAUGAUAGUGAUUCAGAUAUCGACAUAUAUAAGAGUGAUAGUAAUGUUCUUACAAUGGAUAUAUCCAAUAUACGAGAGAAUUUGUUAAAUCAAGCGGAAUACCUGAUACCACAAAAGCUAACUGCAGGUGAUAAAAAUUAUUUGUAUCAUUACGUUCACUUAGACAUGGUAGAAGGAAUUUUAUUAACGUCAAUUCCCAUUCAAAACACACCGAAGGAUAACAAGAUUCUUGUUAAUUUCAACAAGUGUGUACAUGUUAUCCAUAGAUUGCUGCAUAAUACAGUAAGAUUUAAAAUGUUAAAUCAAGAUAUAGACAAAACGGUAAUCAAUAGAAGUUUAAUCGCUGUUAAAGAACACGGUGUAUUAUUUGAAUGGGAAAAUACAGCCUUUUGGGUAAUUGGUCGUCUCUACACGAGUCCUCAUCCGAAGGAACUGUAUGUGUGUCAUCAAGACUCUGCACCUCAGAAUCUAAUCGAGAUAGCUUUUCAGUUACACUCGUAA